AUGGAGAUGGCUCUCCGGCCGCGGAGUCCUCUCUGCCCUCGGAGCACGCAGGCGCUCGUCGUCCGGCCGGCCGGCAGCGGCGGCCUUGCGCAGACUUCCUUGCUGACUAGCAGAUUUACUCGAAGCAGGAUUGCCGGAUGCAUGGCAUCAAGUUCAGAUUCUCCCAAAAGGAAAUCAAGGAGGAUGGUAUCUCCUCAGGUUAAAGUCAUUUCUUCUGGAGGGUAUAUGUCAAGACUCACUGUCGAACCUAUCACCAAGAAGAGAGAGCACAAUAAUGGUGAUGAAGAAAUUCUUGGCACAUACAAUACGCUAUUAAGUACCGACACAACAGAAUGGACUGACAGUACAGAAGCUGAAACUGCUGAAACAGAUCCAUCACAAAAUGCUUCAAGCAGUUCGAUCAUAGGGGAACUGGAUGUGGUAGAUGAAGACAUAUUUGUGGUGGAUUUGACAGUAAAUGCAUUGAGCAGUGUAACAAAGGGAGAGGUACAUGCAGUGGACGAAGCUAGAGUUGAAACAGACAUAUUUGAGGUGGAUUUGGCAGCAACUGCAUUAAGUAGUGCAAUAAUGGGCGAUGUGGAUGUGAUGAAUGAAAUUGGGGCUGUACAAGUCACAGUUGCCGCAGAUUUGUCAGGUAAAGUUUCAAGCAGUGUGACAACUGCGGAAGAGGAUAUGGUCGAUGAAGUUGUGACCGUUCAAGAAACCUUUGAGGUGACUUCAUCGGGAAAUGUUUCAACCAGUGUAAAAAUGUGCAAAGUGGAUGCGAUUGAUGAAGCUGGGACUACACACGGCACAUUAGAGGCGAUUUCAUCAGGAAAUGUUUCAACCAGUGCAAUGGUUGGGGAAGUGAAUGCGGUUGAAACUCGGGGUGAUCAAGACACAUUUGAACCGGAUUUGUCAGGAAAUGCUUCAAGCAAUGCAACAUAUGGGGAAGUGGAUGAAGCUAGAGUUGAAGAACAAAUAUUUGAGAAUGAUAUGUUAGGCAGUAUUUCAGGCAACGAGAAACACAUGGCUGUGGAUUCAGUGGGUGAAGCGACUGAUAAAGAAGAGACCUACCAACAGCAAUAUCCAACACUGUCUUCAAUAUCUAUGUGGAGCAAGGCUAUUGAUAAAACUGGUGUAAGUUUGAAGCCCGUGCUGCCGCUUGUCAGGGUCCAGGAACAAGGCAAAUCAAAUCCUAAUGAUCACGUGCAAGAAGGAUCAAUUGUUGCUUUCAGUGAACAUAAUCAACCGACAUUAACUUUCCAUGAGAAACAACAAAGUACUAUUGCUUUUGACAAACAAAACAAGCCAAUUGCCACAUUCUCUAAACAAGACCAAUAUAUUUCUGCCUUUCUUGAGAAAAACAAAUCCAUGGCUGCUUCUGAUGAACAAGGGCGAUUGAUUGUUGAUUUACCAGACCAAGACCAAUCAAUCAUAGGUUCCCAUAAACAACAUAAAUCAGUUCCAGAUGUCCCUGGACAGAUACAAUCCAUUGUUAGUUCUAGUAAUAAACACCAAUCAAUUGUUGCUUUCCGCAAACAGGACCAAUCAAUUGUUAGUGCCCCAAAACAAAAGCAUCCCAUAGUUCCAUUCCAUAAACAUGAUCUUUCGAUUCUGGGUCUCCAUAAACAAAACCUAUCAAGUGUUGAUACCAUGGGAGAGGGUCAAACAAAGCAAGUUCAUGCCAUUGAUAGACAUGAUGCAUUGCUUGCGAAGGAAGUGGAAGCUACUGAUGGAAACUACAACCCUCAAAAAACUAAUGGGGAUGCACUUCAUUUAAAGUUUGAUACUGAAAACCUGUCGCAGGAACAUCAGGCAAAUAGAACCGAAGAAGCAUUGGAAAUGACAACUAGCAAGCAAGUUGAUGAGGCACAUCUUUUCAUGACUGAACAUCAGAUAGGUGUUGCUGAAGGGCAGAUGAUAGUUACAGAGGAUGGGCUUUCUGUGACUAAAUAUGGAACUAGGGUAGGUGAUCAAAUUGAACACCUGCUUUCUGCAAAAGAGUUCUCAUGGGACGAAGAUGAAGUGGGGUCAAUCCAGGAUGAUGAACAGCAUGAAGCCGAUGAGAUCUCUGUGGAACCAGAUAUCCAGGAUUCACCACAGAAUGUUGUUGAUCCAAAAGAAGUUCUUAAAGAACUUGCUGACGAAAAUUAUUUGAUAGGAAACAAACUUUUUAUAUUUCCAGAGGUAGUGAAAUCUGACUCAGUUAUUGAUCUCUAUUUGAAUCGUGACCUUACAGCUCUGGCAAAUGAACCGGAUGUCAUCAUCAAAGGAGCAUUCAAUGGUUGGAGGUGGAUGCCUUUCACUGAAAAAUUACACAAGAGUGAACUGGGAGGGGUUUGGUGGUCUUGCAAACUGUGCAUACCCAAGGAGGCCUACAGAUUAGACUUUGUGUUUUUUAAUGGUCGUUCAGUCUAUGAAAACAAUGGCAAAGAUGAUUUCUUCAUAGAAAUAGAAGGUACUAUGGAUGAAGAACUGUUUGAGGAUUUCUUGGUUAAACAAAAGCAAAGGGAGCUUGAGAUGGUUGCCGUUGAAGAAGCUGAAAGGAGGACACAAACAUUGGAACAACGUCGGAAGAAGGAAGAAAUGGCUGCAGCUGAAGCUGUCAGGGCACAAGUGAAGGCUGAGAUAGAGAUGAAGAAGAAUAAAUUGCACAAUAUGUUGAGUUUAGCUAAAACAUCUGCUGAUAAUUUGUGGUACAUAGAGGCUAGCACAGAUACAAGAGGAGCUAUUGUCAGAUUAUAUUAUAACAGAAACUCGACGCCACUUGUGCAUAGUACUCAGAUUUGGAUGCAUGGUGGUUACAACAAUUGGACUGAUGGGCUAUCUAUUGUCGAAAGGCUUGUCAAGUCCAAUGAAAAAGACGGUGACUGGUGGUAUGCAGACGUUAUUCAACCUGAAAAUGCACUAGUGUUAGACUGGGUCUUUGCUGACGGGCCACCUGGGAAUGCAAGAAAUUAUGACAACAAUGGUCGACAAGAUUUCCAUGCUAUUCUUCCAAACAUUUCUACUGAGGAAGGCUACUGGGUGCAUGAGGAACAAAAUAUCUAUGCAAGGCUUCUGCAAGAAAGAAGAGAACGGGAGGAGGCUAUCAGAAGAAAGGCUGAGAGAAGUGCAAAAAUGAAAGCUGAGAUGAAGGCAAAAACUAUGCGUAGGUUUCUGCUUUCCCAGAAACACAUUGUUUAUACUGAACCACUUGAAAUACGUGCUGGAACCACAGUGGAUGUGCUAUACAAUCCUUCUAAUACAGUGCUCAAUGGAAAGCCGGAGGUUUGGUUUAGAUGCUCCUUUAACCUUUGGAUGCAUCCAGGUGGUGCGUUACCACCCCAUAAGAUGGUGAAAUCAAGAGAUGGAUCUCUCUUGAAAGCAACAGUACAAGUUCCACCGGAUGCCUAUAUGAUGGAUUUUGUUUUCUCUGAGUCGGAAGAAGGUGGGAUCUAUGACAACAGGGAUGGGAUGGACUAUCAUAUUCCUAUUUCUGAUUCAGUUGAAACGGAAACUUACAUGCAUAUUGUCCACAUUGCCGUUGAGAUGGCCCCCAUUGCCAAGGUUGGAGGUCUCGGUGAUGUUGUUACAAGUCUUUCACGUGCUGUUCAAGAUUUAGGACAUACUGUCGAGGUUAUUCUUCCAAAGUAUGACUGUCUGAACGAAAACAGUGUGAAGAAUUUACACGUAUAUCGAAGUUUUUCUUGGGGCGGUACAGAAAUAAUUGUAUGGGUUGGACUAGUCGAAGACCUUACAGUUUACUUCCUGGAACCUCAGAAUGGGAUGUUUGGGGUCGGAUGUGUAUAUGGAAGGAAUGAUGACCGUAGAUUUGGCUUCUUCUGUCACUCUGCUCUGGAGUUUAUCCUUCAGAAUGGAUCUUCUCCGCAUAUACUACAUUGCCACGAUUGGUCAAGUGCUCCCGUUGCCUGGCUGUACAAGGAACACUAUGCCCAAUCCAGAUUGGCAAGUGCUCGGGUUGUAUUUACCAUCCACAAUCUUGAAUUUGGAGCACAUUAUAUUGGUAAAGCAAUGACAUACUGUGAUAAAGCCACGACUGUUUCUCAAACAUAUUCGAGGGAAGUGGCAGGGCAUGGUGCCAUCGCUCCCCACCGUGAAAAAUUCUACGGCAUUCUGAAUGGUAUCGAUCCAGAUAUAUGGGAUCCGUACACAGACAACCGUAUACCGGUCCCUUAUACUUCCGAGAACAUUAUUGAAGGGAAGACUGCUGCAAAAAGGGCAUUGCAGCAGAAGCUUGGAUUACAACAAACUGAUGUCCCUAUUGUCGGAAUCAUCAGCCGUCUGACAGCCCAGAAGGGAAUCCACCUCAUCAAGCAUGCAAUUUAUCGCACUCUCGAAAGCAAUGGCCAGGUGGUUUUGCUUGGCUCAGCUCCAGAUCAUCGAAUACAAGGUGAUUUUUGUAGGUUGGCAGAUGCUCUUCAUGGUGUUUACCACGGUAGGGUAAAGCUUGUUCUAACCUAUGAUGAGCCUCUUUCCCAUCUGAUAUACGCUGGCUCCGACUUUGUUCUUGUUCCAUCUAUCUUUGAACCCUGUGGAUUGACUCAACUUGUUGCCAUGCGUUACGGAUCGAUCCCUAUAGUUCGGAAAACUGGAGGACUCUACGACACUAUCUUUGAUGUAGACAAUGAUAAGGAUCGGGCUCGGUCUCUUGGUCUCGAGACAAAUGGAUUCAGUUUCGACGGAGCUGACAGCAACGGCGUGGAUUAUGCCCUGAACAGAGCGCUCACUUCUUGGUUUGACGCCCGUGACUGGUUCCACUCCCUCUGCAAGAGAGUCAUGGAGCAGGACUGGUCAUGGAACCGGCCCGCGCUGGACUACAUUGAAUUGUACCAUUCGGCGCGUAAAUUCUGAUACGCAACCAAAGUGCAUAAUAUGCAGGUGCAUUGGGAUGACAUGGAUGUAUAUUUACAUUUCUCUCUUUUCGUUCCUUGCAUGUGGAAACUGUUACAUACUUCGGUGAGAAACAAGCUGAAGUGACUUGUUGUGAGUAAAAUAUUCUUUGAUCUGGUGCAAACGGAUGCAUUGUUAAGUCUCAUUGCAUUACUGUAGUACAAAAUGACACCCAGGUUU